AUGUCCACCAGCGCCACCAUGGGAGAGAUGGCCAACAGCGCGGUGGAGUUCUACCCAAAAGGGCGAGGGGGCAGUGUCAAGUCGGACGGGGGACAUGCGGGGGGAGACUUUGGGGUGACGGUGACGGAACUAAGAGAACUGAUGGAAUUGAGAGGAACUGACGCACUGCAGAAGAUUCAAGACAGUUAUGGGGACACAGAGGGGCUGUGCCAAAGACUGCAUUCAAGUACCACAGAGGGUGUGAGCGGGGAGCCUGCAGACUUGGAGCAUAGAGGACAGACGUUUGGUCAGAACUUUAUUCCUCCUAAAAAAGCCAAGACGUUUUUGGAGCUAGUAUGGGAAGCUCUGCAAGACGUGACACUGAUCAUCCUGGAGAUCGCAGCCAUCAUCUCCCUAGGCCUGUCCUUCUACCAGCCGCCAGGCAAAGAUACAGAGGCGUGUGGGAACGUGUCUGCGGGGGGAGAGGAUGAGGGCGAGGCGGAGGCCGGCUGGAUCGAGGGUGCUGCCAUCUUGUUGUCGGUGGUGUGCGUCGUCUUGGUAACAGCGUUUAACGACUGGAGCAAAGAAAAGCAGUUCCGUGGGCUGCAGUCGCGCAUCGAGCAGGAGCAGAGGUUUGCCGUGGUACGAAAGGGCAACGUCAUCCAGGUGCCGGUGGCCGACAUGGUGGUGGGGGACAUGGCACAGGUCAAAUACGGAGACCUGUUGCCGGCCGAUGGGAUCUUGGUCCAGGGGAACGACCUGAAGAUCGACGAGAGUUCUCUGACCGGAGAGUCAGACCACGUGCGCAAGUCUGUGGACAAGGACCCCAUGUUACUGUCAGGCACUCACGUGAUGGAGGGCUCUGGCCGGAUGCUGGUCACAGCGGUGGGCAUCAACUCUCAAACUGGCAUAAUCUUCACUCUGCUGGGAGCCGGAGACAUGGAGGAGGACGGGAAGGACAAGAAGGAGGAACUCAUUCAGGCUCCCACCUCCACAGACGUCACUCACAACACAGUGACCAAUGGGAAACAGCCUGACGGAGCUGUGGAGAACAACCAAAACAAAGCAAAGAAGCAAGAUGGCGGCGUGGCCAUGGAGAUGCAGCCGCUGAAGAGCGCGGAGGGCGGAGAGGUGGAGGAGCGUGAGAAGAAGAAAACUAGUGUUCCCAAGAAAGAGAAGAGCGUCCUGCAGGGGAAACUCACCAAACUGGCUGUGCAGAUCGGCAAAGCGGGUUUGGUGAUGUCGGCGAUCACCGUCAUCAUACUUGUACUUUACUUUGUCAUCGACACGUUUGUCAUCGAAGGUCGGACGUGGAUGGCAGAGUGCACUCCUGUUUAUGUCCAGUACUUUGUCAAGUUCUUCAUCAUCGGAGUCACAGUCCUGGUGGUAGCCGUGCCUGAAGGCCUCCCACUCGCCGUUACCAUUUCCCUCGCCUAUUCUGUCAAGAAAAUGAUGAAGGAUAAUAACCUGGUGCGACACUUAGACGCCUGUGAGACGAUGGGAAACGCCACGGCGAUCUGUUCGGACAAAACAGGAACUCUGACCACUAACCGCAUGACAGUGGUUCAGGCCUUUAUUGGAGAUGUUCACCACAGACAGAUGCCUGAACCGACGCAGAUCAACUCAAAAACUCUAGAUCUUUUGGUUCACGCCAUCUCCAUCAACAGCGCGUACACUUCCAAGAUCCUGCCGCCUGAUGUGGAGGGAGGGUUAGCCAAACAGGUGGGAAACAAGACUGAGUGUGGCCUCCUGGGAUUUGUGCUGGACCUCAGACAAGACUACGCCCCAGUGAGAGAGCAGGUCCCAGAGGAGAAACUCUACAAGGUUUACACAUUUAACUCUGUGCGGAAGUCCAUGAGCACCGUCAUCAAACUGUCCGACGGGACGUUCCGCCUCUACAGCAAAGGAGCCUCUGAGAUCAUGCUCAAAAAAUGUUCUUUUAUCCUGGAUCCAAACGGAGAGGCGCGCACUUUCAGACCGCGAGACCGAGACGAGAUGGUCAAACAGGUGAUUGAGCCCAUGGCCUGUGAGGGCCUCAGAACCAUAUGCAUUGCCUACAGAGACCUGUCGUCAAACCCAGAGCCCGAGUGGGACAACGAGGCCGACAUUGUGACCGAGCUGACCUGCAUCACUAUAGUGGGAAUAGAAGACCCGGUCAGACCUGAGGUUCCAGAUGCCAUUCGGAAGUGUCAGCGUGCAGGCAUCACAGUGCGGAUGGUGACCGGAGACAACAUCAACACAGCCCGAGCCAUCGCCGCCAAGUGUGGAAUCAUCCACCCAGGGGACGACUUCAUCUGCCUUGAGGGGAAGGACUUCAACAGGCGUAUCCGCAACGAGAAGGGGGAGAUCGAACAAGAGCGCAUUGACAAAAUCUGGCCCAAACUGCGGGUGCUGGCGCGUUCUUCCCCCACAGACAAGCACACGCUGGUCAAAGGGAUCAUCGACAGCACCGUCCUGGAGCAGCGGCAGGUCGUAGCUGUCACUGGAGACGGAACCAACGACGGCCCCGCUCUCAAAAAGGCUGAUGUGGGAUUCGCUAUGGGCAUCGCGGGCACAGACGUAGCCAAAGAGGCGUCUGACAUCAUCCUCACCGAUGAUAACUUCUCCAGCAUCGUCAAAGCUGUGAUGUGGGGCAGAAACGUCUACGACUCUAUCUCCAAGUUCCUUCAGUUUCAGCUCACAGUCAACGUGGUGGCGGUGAUUGUGGCCUUCACUGGAGCCUGCAUCACACAGGACUCCCCUCUGAAAGCCGUGCAGAUGCUGUGGGUGAACCUCAUCAUGGACACGUUUGCGUCUUUGGCGUUGGCGACAGAACCCCCCACGGAGGCGCUGUUGCUACGGAAACCGUACGGCCGCAACAACCCUUUGAUCUCCCUGACCAUGAUGAAGAACAUCCUGGGCCACGGGGUCUACCAGCUUGUCAUCAUCUUCACCUUGCUCUUCAUAGGCGAGCGCAUCUUCAACAUCGACAGUGGCAGAAACGCCCCUCUGCACUCGCCUCCCUCUGAACACUACACCAUCAUCUUCAACACCUUCGUCCUCAUGCAGCUGUUCAAUGAGAUCAACGCCAGAAAGAUCCACGGAGAGAGGAAUGUGUUCGACGGCAUCUUUGGGAACCCCAUCUUCUGCUCUAUCGUCCUGGGCACCUUCGCCGUUCAGAUUGUGAUCGUCCAGUUCGGGGGGAAGCCCUUCAGCUGUGCUCCUCUGAACAUGGAGCAGUGGCUGUGGUGCCUGUUUGUGGGAGUGGGAGAGCUGCUUUGGGGACAGCUGAUAGCCACAGUUCCCACGGAGCGACUGCCCUGUCUGAAGGAGGCGGGUCUGGGGCUGGAGCCUGGAGAGGAUGAGGGAGAGGAGAUGGCAGAGGACGAAGAGGAGAUCGACUGUGCAGAGAGAGAGCUGCGGAGAGGCCAGAUCCUGUGGUUCAGAGGCCUCAACCGCAUUCAGACACAGAUGGAGGUAGUGAGCACGUUCAAACGCAGCGGUUCGUUUCAGGGCGCGGUGAGGCGGCGCUCGUCCGUGCUCAGUCAACUGCACGACCCAAUCCCAGCUCAGCAGCGCCCCCUGGGAAUGCGUGUGGUGAAGGCCUUCCGUAGCUCUCUGUACGAAGGCUGUGAAAAGCCAGAGUCCCGGAACUCCAUCCACAACUUCAUGGCACACCCAGAAUUCCUCAUCAACGACUUGGCUCAUAACAUUCCGCUGAUCGACGACACGGAUGUGGACGAAGAAUCCGAAAUCAGCCGCUAUCAGCACCUUCACCCGGCCCUACGCAAACCCCCGCCACCACCUAGUUCAAGUCCCUUUUCCAAAAUCCUUCGUUCGUUGGCGUCCUUUUGUCCACGCGUCCCUGGACUUGUCGAAGGCGUGAUUUCCGGCAGACUAUGCAAGCGGACUGCCAUGUUACUGACGCUAACGGAGGACUUUACGUACACCGGAGACCUCACCGACACAUGCAAAACCACGCGCGGAAAAACACUCGAAAAGAGGAGGUCGGCCAUUUUGGGAACAACCUUAAAACCUGUACAGAACUCUUUGUCUUCUUGA